CUCUAAUAUUCGAGCGAUUUGUAUAGCUGAGCAAAUAUCAUAUACUGUACAGUCAGUCACACCAUUACAGUAAUAUGUGCUAAUUGCAAUAAUAUGAAGAUGACAUAUUGUUAUAUUAUAGACUCAACAAGUAAGUGACAUAGAGGAAGAUUGACAUGUGGUGAUGAUUAGAAACACAACACUGCUAGUCUAUAAGACUUCUACUAUUCUGACAGAUUCACAGUAGAAUCACAUUAUACAAGACAUCAUACACAUUCACCAAGGGUGAAUCAAAUCAAUGGACAUCUGAAUUACAAGACAUAUUUCCAGUGUUUCGAUGGAUGAUAUUAAAAUGUCAACAGUUCAGAAUUCUGCAUAUAGAAAUUCUGGAUUACAAAGUGUGAACCCCAGAAAUGAUGCUUGCACAAGCACUGAGGACUGGCCAACACCAAGGAUAUCGAAAUUCUCUAAAAUUGUACGAGAUCGCUCAUACACUAGUCCCAGCCAUGUGACUGAUACUUCCCAGAAUUCCUCACAUUAUCGGACAGAGUUGCACUCUGGGAAAGAUAUACUACUUCCAUCUUCAGCAGCAACUCAGAAAGUUGAGGAUAUCAAAGAAUGUCCAAUUAUUGAUUUCAUGGCUGAAAACAAUCAGUCAGAUAGAGCACCAUUUGCAGCUGAUGACAGAAGUUGUCCUGAACAAUGGGAUACAAAGAUGAAGUCAAGUGGUGCAAUGUCUGACAUCUCGAUUCAAGAAUCAGUGGCUACUGAUGAUCUUAAUACCCUGCAGGAUAUUGUGACUAUUUUAAAGAACCAUCAGAUAGAUAUGACUGACACCUCUGAUUUGUAUGACUUCAAUUGUUCACCAGACAUAUCAAUGGAUGCAUCAUCUCUUCAUCCAUUAACAUCAACAAGAAUGACAAAUGAAUCCAGAAGACCUCUUCUCAAAGGUAUAAAUGACAAUACUUGGAUUCCACAUUUUAGGACUCCAGUAGAAGUAGAUUCUGGAACGAAUUCAGUGAAACAGAGAUCCCCCUUAGGUGACACACAAUCUAAGGGGUCUCUUUUGGGAGACACACAUUCUAAGGUGUCUGUUUCAGGGGAUACACUGUCCAGUGAAGCAAGAAUAAGGGAUAAUCGUGAAACUAUGUUUGCUAUCAUUGACACAUUGGAACACAACGAAAGUGACAGAUGUUCCCAUUUGCACCAAGAACAGAACAAUGAAUCUAAACAUACAAAACAUGUUGAUAAUGUUGAACAUGAUGUUUGCAUAAAUGGGACGUAUGAUCCAGAAAAUAUAUCUGAACACAGAAAGCAUAUUCUGAAUAGAAAACAAUAUAGUUAUGAUAUGAAAAGAGAUGGAAUGGAUGGCCAAUAUAAGCAUCUAUUGAAAACAUCAUAUAAUGUUGUCUCGGAACAUACAGAUGCUAAUGACUCUAUCGAACAGUGUACAGGUGUGUCGUCUACAACUAUGGGUACUCAAACAGUGAAUCAUACAGGUACACAGACUAAAACGAAAUACUUUCAAUCCUCAUUGGAUAAUGUGACACUUGGACAAAAUGAGCCUAAUACUCGACCAGAUGUUUGUGACAGCAUGAGUCAAACAAUCUGUGAGGCAGAAGUACAAACAGAUGAACUUCUAACUCAGUUUGAAUCAUUGGGAUCUCAAUCAUUAAAUGAAAAAUCAGAAUGUUUGAGUACAGUCUCUGAUACUUCAACUAAACAUACCAAAAAAUUUGAAAAGACAGCACCAUUUGAAGGUGAAACUGAGAGUAAAUCUUUGAAAGGACAAGAUGAUAAUUGUUGUUCACAUCGGCAACAGCAUAAUGCAAAGGUUACCAAAAUGCAUGAACAUCUUGAAUAUAACACACUUGACUCAACUAAAAAUUAUUUUGGGGCACAAACAUCUAUGUCCACCCAAACACCAAAUUUUGCCAGACGAGAAAGAAGGAAACUCAAAGCUGAAAUGUUGAAAUCUCUUUUGAAGCAAGUAAAAGAAAUAAAUGAAGAUAUUCAAUAUAGAACUGAAGCUAAAGGAAAUAUGUUUACCCAUAAUGUAAAGCAGCCAAGCAGGUGGCAAAACAUGGAGACUGUUUCCAGGAGACUGGACUAUGAUACAGAAAAUGUAACCAGCAUUCCCUAUUUUGGACAUCACUCACAAAAUUAUUCAAAUUACACAAAUGGAUUUGCUACUGACAAUGCCCAAAAAUAUGAUUCUCAUGCUGACAAUGUCCCUAGGUACUUGUUGGAAGACCAUUCCAAAGCAAAACUCAUUGCCAAAGCCAUGCCAUCUUCAAAGUCAUAUAACAGCCAUCAUUCUUGUAAUUUGACAAAUGAACCAUAUCAUAAGAUGCUUGGUGAAAGAUCUCAUUCUAAGAAUAAGGAACACUUAUGUUUAGGUGAUCUCAGAAGCGCUAUAGAGGAACCUAUACUGUAUACUCCUGCUUCCCAUAAUGCAUCGGAAAUUAGCAGACAUCAUUAUGUAAACAGUGGGUAUCACUCCAUGAAUAAUGAAAUCUCAAGUACUGAAAAGAUGGAAAAAUGCAGAAGACAAUUGACUGAGAGCUGCAAAUUGAGGAACAAUAUUGAAGAUCAAAUGUAAACAA